AAGGGAAAGAAAGGCGAUAGAGGCCGCGGAGAAUGGAGCCGCACCAAGGUAGACAAGCGGAAGCGCAAUGACGAGUAUCGCGAGUACAAGCGCCGCAAGAUCAGCGACAUUGACAACCCCAAGGCGAAUCCCUUCUCCAAGGAGGAGAUUGAGGCCGAGAGCCGUCGACCGAAGCGCAAAGUUGCCGUCAUGAUUGGCUAUGCCGGCACGGGCUACAAGGGCAUGCAACUCAAUGGCGACGAGGAGACGAUUGAGCGUGACCUCUUCCAGGCCUUUAUCAAGGCUGGCGCCAUCUCAAAGGCCAACGCAGACGAUCCUCGAAAGUCGAGUCUGGCUCGUUGCGCCCGCACAGACAAGGGCGUGCAUGCUGCAGGCAACGUCAUCAGUCUGAAGCUGAUUAUCGAAGAGGAUGACAUUGUCGACAAGAUCAACGAGGCUCUUCCGGCUCAGAUCCGAGUCUGGGGCAUCCAGAGAACCAACAACAGCUACAACUGCUACCAGUACUGCGACUCGCGGUGGUAUGAGUAUCUCAUGCCCAGCUACUGUCUUCUCCCCCCACACCCGCAGAGCUUUCUGGGCAAGAAGCUGGUUGAGAUCAACAAGGAGUACGGUGCCGAAGAGGAAACGAGCGCAAGACUGGCCGAUGUCAAGAAUUUCUGGGAGGAAGUGGAUGAGAAGGAGAUUAAGCCCAUCUUGGCCCGACUAGAUCCAGAGACGAGAGCCGCCGUUUUGGAGAGUCUGCACUCGGAGCAAGCCGCAGCAGAAGCCGAGACAGACGAGACCAACAAGGCCGACAACGAAGAAGCCGCAGAGCCUGCUGCUGCUCAACAAGAGACAGCCAAGGAAGAUGGGGACUAUACGGUUCAGCCCAAGCGCCGCGAGCUGGGACCCGUGGACUUUGCCCUGCGCGACAUCAAGGCGGCGUACAUUGGCGCUAAGCGUGCGUAUCGUGUGUCGCCCGAACGCAUCCAGAGACUGCAGGAGGCCCUCAACAAGUACGAGGGAACCAACAACUUCCACAACUACACGGUCCAAAAGUCGCAUGGCGACCCGUCAUCGAAGCGACACAUCCGAUCGUUUGUCGUGAACCCGAAGCCCAUUAUUAUCGGCGACACUGAGUGGCUCUCGCUCAAGGUCCACGGACAGAGCUUCAUGAUGCACCAGAUCCGCAAGAUGGUUGGCCUGGUGACUCUGAUGGUGCGGUGCGGAACCUCGCUGGACCGCAUCACGGAGAGCUAUGGCCCCAAGAAGAUGGCCAUCCCUAAGAUGCCUGGCUUGGGCCUGUUGCUGGAACGACCCGUGUUUGAAAACUACAACAAGAGGGCAAAGGAGACGCUUGGGCGAGAGGACAUUGACUUUGACAAGUACAAUGAGAAGCUCGAGGCGUUUAAGCAGGAGCAGAUUUACUCGCGCAUCUUUGGCGUUGAGGAAAAGGAGAAUUCAUUCCACAGCUUCUUCACCCAGAUUGACCAGUUUAGAUCAAACCACUUCCUGUGGCUGACUGCCGGAGGCAUG